GCAGUCUGGCAACCUCAAGCAGUGUAGCAGCUUCCAGCAGUCUGGCAACCUCAAGCAGUGUAGCAGCUUCCAGCAGUCUGGCAACCUCAAGCAGUGCAGCAGCUUCCACCAAUCUUGGAAGUUCAAGCAGCUUUGAUUCCACACCUUCAAUCAGUUCAGAAAGCAGUUUGACUAAUCCCAUGAGUUCCAAAUCUCUCAGUUCACAGAGCUUAGAAGUGAAUUCAGCUUCAAGUAGUUUAGGAAUCUCUUGUUCAUUUGCAUCUGUAAGUGCUGACCCAUCAAGCAGUGAAGCAACCAAAAGUAGCCCAACUUUCUCAAGCAGCUUCAUAAUCGUAACUCUUCCAACAACCCAAGUCACCACAAGCAAGCCAGUUCCUGGAAGCAGCUCAGCAGCAACAGGUUCAAAUUCAGGAUAUUCAAGUGGAGAGACAAGUUCUUUGGAAUCCCAAGAGAAGUCACAUAUAGACACUGCACCAAGCUCAAGCAAUUCUCCAAGCAACUUCAACCCAAGUUCAAGCAUUGCUCCAAGCAACUUCAACCCAAGUUCAAGCAACCCUCUGAGUUCAACAACCUCAA